UGCACACAAGCUGAUGGUAUAAUUGUUGACAGGCUCUGAUACGAUACAGUGAUUGAAAGAACACUGAAGAGGAAGGAUCACUUCAUCGAAAGAAACGUGGCUGCCGGUUAUUGAAAUGAAUUUCACUGUCGAUUUGCAGUGUGGGAAGAACAACCAUGAACACAGGACCACUGAAAUCAGCACCAGCCGGCUGAUAGUCAGGCGGGGACAGACUUUCCAUCUCACACUGCAGUCUUGCAGUGAUGAAUUUAUUGACAACGGCGCAGUAAUACUCCGUGCUGAGACAGGGCCAAAACCUUCAACAACAUCUGGAACCAAAAUCCUGCUUGAAUUAAAUUCAUUUAGUGCAAACCUUUGGCGAGCAGUUGUUUUACACACCGGAACCAGGAUGGUCUUGGGCAUAUGUCCAUCUCCGAAUGCCAAGAUUGGACAAUAUAACUUAUCUCUUCUAAGAAUGAAUGGAGACCAAGUCAUGAUAUACAAAAUUGGGGAGUUCAUCCUCCUCUUCAAUCCAUGGUGUAAAGAGGAUGCAGUCUUUCUGGACAGUGAACAACAGCGUGAGGAAUAUGUAAUGAAUGAAGAGGGGACCAUCUUCACUGGUACUAGUCAGUGUAUUCAACAGCGACCAUGGUCCUUUGGACAGUUUGAAGAGGAUAUCAUAGAUAUCUGUCUUAAGUUGUUGGACAAUAAUAGCAAAUGUCUGAAAUGUCCUGAAAGAGAUUACAUACGCAGAAAUGACCCCAUUUACAUCAGUAGAAUGGUGACAGCAAUGGUAAAUUGUUGUGAUGACAGAGGUAUACUUGAAGGCAGAUGGCAUGAGCCAUAUUAUGGAGGGGUGUGCCCAUGGAAUUGGAAUGGAAGUGUUGCCAUCCUUCAUGAGUGGAACAAUCGUGGUUGUCAGAGAGUUCAAUAUGGGCAGUGCUGGGUGUUUGCAGCAGUCGCCUGCACAGUUUUGAGAUGCUUAGGAAUUCCUACUCGUGUUGUCACAAACUUUAAUUCUGCUCAUGAUACCAAUGGGAAUUUGACAAUUGAUAAAGUGUAUGAUGAAUAUGGGAAUGAACUCCGUGGCCCAAAGGACAGCAUCUGGAACUUCCAUGUCUGGAUAGAAAGUUGGAUGGCACGAAAUGACCUGGUGGCAGGUUAUGAUGGUUGGCAGGUAUUGGACCCAACCCCACAGGAGAAAAGUGAAGGAAUAUAUUGCUGUGGUCCAGCUCCUGUCAAAGCAAUCAAAGAAGGGGCCGUGGAUAUGAAGUAUGACAUUCCCUUUGUCUUUGCUGAGGUCAAUGCAGAUCAAGUAACUUGGAUCCAAUUUAGAGAUGGCAGAAAAGAAAAGGUACAUGUUGAAACACAGCAUGUGGGUAAGAAUAUCAGCACAAAGAUGUGCGGCAGACCUGAUCGUGAAGAUAUCACAGACAGUUACAAAUACAGUGAGGGGUCCUCUCAAGAAAGAGCAAUCGUUUCUGAAGCUAAUCUCAGAAAUAGACAUAUUGCUCAGCCCACAAAAAAAUUGUUGGUCAAUGUGAAGGCUGAGGAAUCAAUAAAUAAUGGAUGUGACAUUCAAGUCAUCAUAACCAUCUCCAACUGCAGUGCAGCAACAAUACACUGCAAUCUUAACUUCAAUGCUCAAAUAAUGAAUUAUAAUGGAAAACCACAGCAUCAAAUUACAAGGAAGCAUUUUGAUAACAUUGCUGUUCGAGGCAAUGCAGUUGAGAAUGUGGUUCUACAAGUGCUGUAUUCAGACUAUGCUGAUUACCUUGAUAAUCACCAUUUGAUCAGGCUGACAGCUUUGGCAACUGAUUUAGUCACACACGCAAGUGCAUUGGAUGUGAAAGAUAUUUCUGUGAUCAAUCCUGAUAUCCACAUUAAGCUCCUGGGUAAUCCUGUUUUGAACAGACCGAUGAAAGCAGAAAUAAAUUUUACGAACACUCUGAGAGUUCCAUUGCUCCAAUGUGUCUUCACCAUAGAAGGGCCAGGCCUAAUUAAUGGCAUGCAUCAGACAAAAGUUCAGGAGAUAGGACCACAGCAAACAGUCAGACUAGAGAUUGAAUUCACUCCCAUGAAAACCGGCCCAAGGAAGUUAUUGGUUGAUUUUGACUCUGUCAAGUUGAAAGACGUGAAAGGAUUCAAGAACAUGACUGUCCAAAACUAUUAAAUUGUUAAAUGUGAUUUACAUCUUAUCUACUGUGUUGUAUAUUUGUGCCAUUUCAGGAUAUAACUUCACUUUUUAGUGUUCUGUGCAAUCAGAAAUGCUUUUUCAUCCAAAUUAGUCAAGCUGUCAGAAAUUAUAAAUAUCUCCAGGUUCACUCAUGGUUGUGCAUUUUUAACAUGAUUAAUCUGUGAAAUACUUGGGCAGAAUUUGGUCCCCAUCAUAGCCACUUUUGAAGCAAAAGUUAAAAUAUUCAGGGUGGCCCAUACUGGAGAAGGAUCCCUUGCACUUGAUGACAACCAAUAAUUUUAGAACUUAUUCUUAAUCAACCUGUUCAGAGACACUAUUACACACCAUUGAAGCAGGUGGGACUUGGAGCCAGAUUUCAAGCCUCAGAGGCAGGGACAUUACCAUUGCAUCAGAAGUACCCUCCAAGCUUUUCUUUAAGCAGUCGAGGGAGAUCACAAUGCUUGCCCCAAACCAUGAGAUUCCACUAUGUACCGUUUGUAUUAUGGCCUCUGGUUUGAUCAAAAAAUGAUUCAUUUUCUUGUAAUCAUGUCUUCAAAUGCAUCUUCUAAUUUGAACUCAAUGAAUUCAUAUGUUUCCGAUAUGAUUAUUGUGCAUUACUGUUUUCGGUUGCUGGGUAUAUGCCAUUGUUUCGAUUAUAUUGGUGAAGAAAAAAAAUAGAUUUUCAUCAAUGAAUUUUGAAUUCUGCAUUAAUUACCCUGUAUUCUUGUAUUGAAAUAUAAUCGCUUACAUGUAUGAAUCAACAGCUAUUUGAAUUUAUACAGUGUCUGCACUGUAGAUAGACUGCUCCAGGUGCACAAUAGAGACAAAACAGGCUGAUUUUUUUCAUUGUGGGUAGAGUCUUGGCUCCCAAGGGCUGAAAGUGGAAAGAGGCCCAACUUCAAUGGCUGAUAGACCAGUACCAUUGACGGCACAAGCACUAGCAAUGACUAUUGCUGAGGCUUCACUUGCAGCUUCCUUAGAGGCUGAGAUGUACUCAAAAGGAUCACAGGGAAAGGCAUUCCAGAACCCAAGAGACAAGCCUUCAUAAUCAGUAGAGGUCUGGUCUUUAGGCAUUACGGUGUGUUGUUGCAGGGGUGGCCAUUACCACCAAGGUGACCAUUUGCAAGCCAUGUAGUUUCCAAAAAGUGUAGUUCUCUUCCCCAGGAUGGCUAACUUUGAAUAAAUGUAUUCCUGGAGAUUUCAUCACAUGACUUACUCCAAUGCUUCAGCUAUCAGUCAACCAACAUCCAUCCUUGUGACACACUGCCUUCCUAUACCAAUUGCAACGCAACAAGACUCAUUUCCCGAUUAAGUAGGUGAAUGUGGAAGGGAUUGACAGAUGCAUUAAGAUAGAAUUGGAAGCAAUGGAGAACAUAUGGGCAAUGCUACAGAAUGGACAAUGCAAUGAUCAAGGCAAUUUUUAUGGCAGAAGGAUUUGUGGUAAACUCAGGGAAAGCAGGGCAUACAGAUUGUGAACUGUGACAAUUAGGUUGAGAGAGAGAAGUAAAGUGAUGGCAAGUACACAGUGUAUAGCAGCAGAUUGGAUAGGUGAAGUGAGAAGGCUAGCGUUUGGGUGAUUUCCAUCUUCCAGUUGAUAAAGGUGAAUAAGAUGUUGGUCUCCAUGAUCAGAUGUUAAACCGGGAGCCUGAUAGAAUUAAGGGAAGGAUGAUGGAAAAGAGUGGAAAAGUUAGAAAUGAGCAUCAGCAGCAAAUAUAUACUCUAUUCCUAAGGAGAAUAUUCUGCAUGAGGGUUAGGGGGUUGAGGAAGGAUAGAUACUUAAGGAACUCUCCAGAUUUACAUUCCAGGCUUAGGAAGAUAAUACAUUGCUGCGAACACUAUAGCUACAAUGGAAUAGAUAAUAGUCAAACUCAGGAGGACCGGAUAAGUAAGCAAAGACACCACAUGACAGACAUUUGGGGAGGUUGAAGAGAUAAGGGCAAGAUAAUAAUUUCCACUUUGCACUACAUUUGUUAUAUUGGUUAUGGCCAUUUUCUUGCUCUGGUACUCAGAAUUCAGAAACUCAGAAUUCAAAACAGGAUUACAGGAAAGGGAAGGAAAAAUUUGGAAGGCAGCCAUGUACUGAAGAACUUCGAAGAUGUUGAUUGAGUUGAACUUGGAAACAGUAAUAACACUCAAUGCUGUCCAAUUAGAGAUGGUGAUGGAUGGGUAAACCAGUUGCCUAAUAGAUUUGUCAAUUCUGCAACCCUUGAAGGCAAGUCAGUGAGCGAAAAUGGAGGAAAUAGGAGAGGAAAUACUCAGCAUGGGACAGGAGUAAAGGUUUUCAAGUUUUAACAAAAGGGCAUGAAGAUGGUUGACCACCUUUGAACAAAUACAAAAAUGUUUCACUGAAACGGGCCAAUUUCUGCAUUUUAUUUUCUGUGACAACUAUAGCGAAAUUCCAACUUCAAAACUGAGAAUUUCCAUAUUGCUAUCAGCAGACAUGCUAUCUCUAUCAAAGAUGUGGUCGAAGUAUUUAUUUUCUAGGGAUCUUCCUAAGAUUUGUCUUGAGAGUUAUUUUGAGAGGCUAAUUUGGGUUUCAGGAUCAUCUCCGUUCAUUUCCACUACCUCCUGUACUAAGUGACACAAUCAUGUUAUGGCAAUACUGACGAUAUUUGUGUUGAAUUUAAGGAUUUUUAUUUUAAAUUGAUAUGGCAGAACAAAUCUUCUAACUUUGAAAUCUAUAAAUAAGAUGUUUUGUGAACUUUUCAUAAAUAAAUCUCAUGUACUCUAUAUCCAAAGUAAAAAUUUCAACUACUUGGCAUAGGAUAACUUAUUGGAUUGAGUCUCACAUCUGUGGCUUUUUUAAAGAGUUAAUUGCAAACAAAUAAUAUGAUUCAGAAUUCUUUGGUAUUGUUCAGCCAAUUUCAAGUUUCUUUCCUUUCAGUAUUUCUGUUUAAAGUGAGUGCUGACAACACAAGUUACCAAGCUGGUGAUCAAUUUAAUUCUCAUAUAUUUCAUAUUUAUGUAAUUUCUCCCUAGUUAAUGUAUCUUCUCGUAUGAUUAUCCAUGCUUUAAUGAUAUCUAGAUUGGAAUACCUUAGUACACUAGGAACUUUGUUAUAUUAAAGUUACAUGCUACUUUAUAAAAGUGG